AUGGAAGAAAGAAGACAAAAUAAAGGAAAUCCGAUGGAAUAUAAACGUAUACAAUGCAUUAUAAAACAGGAAAUAAGAAAAGCGAAAGGAAAAGAACUACAAGAAAAAUGUCGCGAGAUCGAACACCAUCAAAACAUGCACGAUGACUUCAAUGUUCACAGGAAAGUCCGAGAAGUAACAAGGAAAUGCCACAAAAACAACUGUAAACCUUUGGUCAACGAAGCAGGAGAAAUCAUCAUUGACGCGGAGAAAAAGAAGGAGGCCUGGAAAACAUAA